AUUUAGCAUUAAUAUGAAUCAAUAAGUAUAUACUUUAUCAUGACAGUAGACUCGGAAAUCACUAAUAAUUAGAGCAGGUCGUAAGUAAUAAUUUUCUCCAAAAGAAUUGACAUUACUUGAUGAUAAGCAUAGUAUUUUUAUAAAUAAAUUUUGAGAAUAUACAAUCGGAUGUUCAUAAAAUAAUGAUUUGGUAUUAGACUGGCUUACUAUUUUACCAACUCAUUUUGAAAUUGAUUGCUCUUCUCUAUAAAUACCUUAAAAUUAAAAGGAAUUUUAAAAUGAAUAUUUUAAAGUUUUGAAUAGUUUCUAUCUCGAAAAGAAUAUAAUUGAUAAAAUAGGAGAAUUUACAAUUACUGAUGAAAAGAAUAUAAAAAUAACAGAUAUUUCAGGCUAAAAAGGCCUUUUAAGUUUGAUUAAUAUAGAUAAUUAAUGCAAAAAUCAAGUUUUAAUUAAAAAUAAUACAUUCCUUGUAGGUUUAAGCUCAAAAUUAAAAGUAAGAUAAGAUAAUCAAAUUUUUGGAGAUUUCUUAGAUAAAGAAGAUUUAUAUGAGUUUACAUAAAGAACUUAAAUAAUUGGUUUACCACAAGAGACUAAAAUAUUAUUUGAUUAAUCAUUCAAAAAGGAAACAACAAUAAGUUACUUUUAGUAGAAAUUGAAAUCAAAAGAAUUAGAGAAUGUAUAAAUUAAUUAUUAGUUAAUAAGGAACUUAAUUAAUUAAGAUUGAAAAAUUGUAUUUAUUUAGAAAUUAAUGAAAAAUAAUCUAUUCAAAAAUAUUUGUUAGUUGAAAAUGAAAGAAAUUAUUUUAGUCUAGGAAGAUGUGAAUAAUCAGAUAUAAUAUUUAAAUCAAAAUAAGUUUCUUCUAGACAUGGAUUUAUAAAAUAUAUGGAUAAAAAUUGGAUAAUAUUUGAUGGGCAACCAAAAAGUGCAUUAGAUGGAAAGGAGUAAUGGCUAGAAGGUAAUAUAAAUUAGGAACUUGUAAUGUCAAAAUUUGGAAUUUGGUUAGAAAUGAAUCCAAGAGAGAGUUUUGUUUUAGGUAAUGGGUAAACUGUAAAGUAUGAAGAUAAUGAAUUAACAAUAUUUUGGGAGAAAUGAUGAAGAAACA